AGCCUUUUGGCUCAAAGUGACCAUGCCGAAAGCUCUCUACCAGGUGCCGAUUCACGAUCAUGUGCCACGCCUUUUGGAAACGAUCGGGUACCCGAAGCGUCCCAAUCUUGGCGACAAGGACGGCUUUAGCCUUUGUUGGGGCCGGUUUCAGGAGGAACUGUCGCAAAGGCCGCUGUUUGACGGCCAAGUGGUGGCAGCAUUGCGGCGGCAAGGAGCUAUUGUGUUGAAGCUAGGAACCAUUGAGGAGCAGGUCACACCAACUCCGGAACAGCGCAGGGUCGGACGCUGGGCCGAAUUUUCAGAGCAUGGCCGCUGGUAUGCGUUGGGACUCCCGGUGAAACGUCAGCGACUUGAAACAUGGCUGGAAACGACCAUGUCACGGCGGUCUCUGACUACCUGUCACUUGCCGUGGCCGUCCAGUUGGUCCUUCUCCUACCAGAUGAUGUUUGCAAUGUGCACUCCUUCGAGCAGCUCUAUGGCGGUCGCUUGUUGACAGACAUCAUUCCGCAGACCGUGCAUAAAACCUUUGACGGCAAACAACGAAAGAUUGACCACACCAAAGAUGCGGAAGACAUGAUGCGGCUGCACGCAGAUGACGCAGAUCACGUUCUUCGGUCGCCGCUGCAACUUUUGACAUGCAUCAAGAAUGUGAAGCGCACGGAGUCGGUGUUCGCCUUGAUCCCGCCAGACUCGACGCUGGGGAAAUAUGACAUCGACAGCCGAACGCUACGCAGAGACAUCUACGAGCAUGCCCCGCCGGCCUCCUUGGUGGACCUGAAAGACCGGCCACCGCGCCGGCCAGUGCUCUUCGGGCCGGCUGAUGCACCCAGCAUCCAAGCGGACAAGAAGGGCACCAAGGCAAGCGAGGGACCGGAGAAAAGCAAGGCGGAUGAGGCUCUUACGUCCCUGUUUUCCUUCCUGGAGAAAGAGGAGAACCUCUGCAGCUUUGCUCAAAAGCGACAACUCUUGCGGGUGAAGCGCUCUGGCAUGUUCUGAGCCCUCGAAAGUGGGUGGCUUUCUCUUUGGCUUUGGGAUGUACAAGCGCACCCAAACAAACACACCGCCAUGCGCCUGGCCGUUGCGAAGUUGCGAAAGGCCGGGUGGUCCUCGGCCCCGGCGAUGUGUUGGUGCUGGACAACCUGCGGACCCUACAUGGCAGGGCGGCCUUGCAGCCAGUUCCACGCAGGGAGGACCGCCGCUGGGUGAAGCGCCUUUGGCUGUCCUCGACCACCAUGGAGCCGCUGCUUUCCAAGUGCAGCACUUCCGCCCAUCCCCGUGUCUUCGACAGGAACAAGGCCUUUUGGUCAAGCACUGAAAUGAAGCACCCCCAGCUGGCGGCAGGCCGCCUGCAAUCGUGACUCUGAAGGGGACCGGAGAUGGCAUUCUUCCGGGCUCCUGAAGGGCUCUUGGCUAUGGCCCUGUGUAAUUGGCAGCCUGCUGCUUGCAUGGCUUUGGAUAUGGCGUUGCUGAAGCCCUACUGAGCGUGGAAGAUCCAUUGAAGCAACUUUCUGCUCCGGCGUGCCUUAACAACUCGUUCCAGACCAAAGCAAUUCAUGCGCCCCCCCCUGAUCGCAUGCGCAUGCCGUGUACGGUAAUGCGUGGCGAAACCAGGGUCUCAAUUUACAUGUUAACGCUCAAUUGAUGGCACGUUGCAUGCAAUUUCCGGAAUUCAUGCUGCAACACAGCAUGCGUGGAGCUUCCCUUGUUCUUUCCCAAUGAGGAAGCCAAGUGUUUUUUUGUCCGAUGGCGGG